AUGACUAACGCUGCAUUGAAAUACAAGAAGAUCAUCUCAAAAAGCAACGCGGUCCAAAGAGGAUCUCCUACACUCUACCAGCUGAGACCAAAGAAAGAGAAUAUUGGAACUUUGAAAAGAAGGACUCUUGGUGUAAAGAAUCCCGACAAGUUAAACAAAACCAUCCUUCUUGUUGGUGAAACUGGAGCAGGAAAGUCUUCUCUGAUCAACGCUCUGGUGAACUUCGCCAUGGGAGUGAAGUGGGAGGAUGAUGUCUGGUUUCAGAUCGUAGAGGAAGAGAAGAAAGAGCAAACACAGAGUCAGACGUCAGAUGUGAUCGUGUACGAGAUCUUUGGACAUGAGGACAAAACUCUGCCCUACUCUCUGACCGUCAUCGACACUCCUGGACAUGGAAGCACAGGAGGGAUUGAACAUGAUGGAAGGGUCAGUCAACGGUUAUUUGACUUGUUCCGCUCAGUGGGCGGAGUCCAUGAGAUCAAUGCGGUGGGUCUGGUGCUGAAAGCAGGCGAGAAUCGACUGAACGACAGACUUUCAUACGUCUUUAAUUCAGUGGUGUCUCUGUUUGGAAAAGACCUGGAGCAGAACAUCGUUGCCCUCGUCACACACUCACCUGGAAGGACUCCUAAAAAUGCUCUGGAUGCCCUCGAUGCUGCAAACAUUAAGUGUGCAAGAAAUGACAAGAACCAGCCUGUUCACUUCCUGUUUGAUAACUGCCAACACGAAGCCAGGACAGAGGACGUAGAAGAUCUUGAACAAGCAUAUAACAAAGCUAUGAAAGGAAUGAAGCAGUUCACAGACUUCCUGCAAAAAACUGCACCUCGACAGCUGGAGAUAACCGUUCAUGUUCUGAAUGAACGAAUUAGACUGACAGCCUGCAUCCAGAACCUGCAGGAGAGAAUCCAGUCUAUGGAACUCAAACAGAAGGAAAUCCAACAGACUCAAGAAGCUCUGAAGAAAUAUGAAGAAGGGUUGAAGUCUUUAAAAGAGUUCACUAUUGAAGUCGAUGAGUCCUACAAAGUUAAAGAGCCUAUCGAAUCUGGACGUUGGGGGUUGUUCUUCUAUGAAGGCGCCGUCACCUGCAACAUCUGUGAGGAGAACUGUCACUUUCCUGGAUGCACCAUGGCCCUCAGUCCUUCACACUGUAAGGUCAUGAAAGAAGGCCACUGCACCUCAUGUACCAACAGGUGCCCUGCAGCAGACCACGUUAAACAAAGCUGGAGGUAUGUGACCAUGACCAAGAAGGUUAAGAAAACUCUGCAAGAUGUGAAAAAGAAAUAUGAAGAAGGAAUGAAGUCUUAUGAGGAGUUCACUAUAGAAGUUGAUGAGUCCUACAAAGAUAAAGAGCCUAUCGAAUCUGGAGUGUGGGGGUUGUUCUUCAAUAAAAGAGCCGUCACUUGCAACAUCUGUAAGGAGAACUGUCACUUUCCUGGAUGCACCAUGGCCCUCAAACCUUCACACUGUGAGGUCAUGAAAGAAGGUCGCUGCACCUCAUGUACCAAAAAGUGCCCUGCAGCAGAUCACGUUAAAGAAGGCUGGAGGUACGUGACCAAGACCAAGAAGGUUAAAAAAACUCUGGAAGAAGUGAAAAAGAAAUAUGAAGAGAAUAAAGCACAGAAUGAGAAGAACAUGGGUAUUUUGGAAAGUCUUCAAAAAGAGAUGGAAAACCUUGAAGCACACAAAAUAGAAUCCCUGUACGAGGCCUACAACCACGUGGUCAAACUGGAACAAAUCGCCCUGAGUGUGGUUUCAGUGUCCACUUACGUCCACCUGGACUUCCUCAUCGAGGAGAUGGAGAAGAAAGGGGACAGUGAGAAGGUCCAGAAGCUGAAGGAGAUGUCCAGUAGAAAAGAUAAUGCAUUGAUCGCAAGGAUAAAGUCCCUGUAUCGUACAUAUCUCAGCAGCAAGUAAAAUGAGAAGAGGCACUGAGGUCCAGACGGACGAUGCAUCAGACGAGCUCUUACUAGAACGUUAGACGAUCCUGUAGACGCCAAUGAUGUGUGACCUUUGGAUUUUCAUUUUGACGAAGACGUCCUCCUAGUCUGGAUUAUCGCUUGGAGACAUGAAGCUUCGUAAUCGUAGAACAAAUCCAUGUUUUGGGAAAAGAAAGUUUAAAGACGUUUGAAGCUGUGUUCCAUCUUCUGGUUUUUAAGCACUUUUCCCCAAAAAGGGGUGUAUAUAUAUAUAUAUAUUUAUAUUAGGGCUGUCAAAAAUAGCGCGUUAACGGCGUUAAUUAGCUGUUUGUUGUUAAUUACGUCAAUUUUUUUGACGCAUUUCACGCAUGCGCAGUGUGACAAAUUAUUCAGGUCCGGAAAGAACCUCUUCUUCUAGGGAAUGCACUUCAUCCUAUACAACACAUUACUGCCA